GUUUAAAUCCCUUACAUGGUCUUUCUCUUCCCUCCAAAAAUCCUUACGUGUAUGUUCGAUCUCCCGCUCUGCCAAAACCCUUGCUCUAUUCCUGUUGAUGACUUGAGAAAGAAAACAAAAGUGAGGAGAACGCUCUCUGUUGGCUGAGAAUCCGCCGGAAUCGUUUUCAAUAACUAUCAGUUGAUCGAGAAGUGAUCGUACUUGAACGGCGAUAUCUGGAAGUAUUCGGCCGGAUUUUCUUCUAGGUUAUCUUCCUUCGGGUUCUAGAGCAAAUUUGUUUUAUCACUGAACAGGUUGCUGAGAUAAUUGAUCAAAGUUUAGUAUUAUUGGAUUUCAAAAUCUAAGGUUGUUUUUCUUGGAAGAUCUGCUGCUAUUUGCCCUUGAAACUGAAAUAGAAACAUGGAGUUGCAAGAUUCAAAUGAAAUCUAUGAAGACAGUGAUUUUGAGGCUGAUAAUGAGGCUACUUCCCGAAUUACAAGACAACCAAUGCAUGCACGCCAACGCACAGGCCAUGCAUGGAUAUCUGAAAUGUUAAGCCUUGAUAAAAAUCAAAGAAAGUUUCAGAGUCUAUUCCAUAUGUCCAGGGAGCAUUUCACUAGCUUGGUGUCUGUAUUGAAAGAAAGAGGUUUAUUGGUAAAUACAAAGAACGUUACGGUGGAGGAACAAUUGUCGAUGACCAUAUUAGCAAUGACUCACAAUGUUGGAAACGAGAUCAUCCAAGAAUUGUUUCAGCAUUCGUUCAGAAUAGUGAGCCGUCACUUCCACAAAGUAUUGGUAGCACUAGUAAAAUUUGCUGGAGAGAUGGUACAACCACCCUCAUUUGAGGAAACACCACUUCAAAUCAAAUCCAAUCAGAAGUAUUAUCCUUUCUUUGCCAAUUGCAUUGGAGUAAUAGAUGGAACACAUGUAAGCGCAUCAAUUCCAUUUGCAAAGCAAGCACCAUAUAGAUCUCGUAGAAAAAAUGAAGUUACCCAAAAUAUAUGUGCUGCAUGUUCAUUUGACAUGUGCUUCACCUACCUUUUGGCUGGUUGGGAGGGUUCAGCAAAUGAUGAUCAAUUAUUACAGAAAUCCAUCCACAAUCCUCAUUUUAAGUUUCCCAAUCCGCCACCAGGAAAAUAUUAUCUUGUUGAUUCUGAAUACACACAUAUGCCUGGUUAUAUGGCUCCUUUCAAGAAUGUUCGAUAUCAUCCACAUAAUUUUAGGCAUGUUCCUAGACAACCACAAGGAACAGAGGAGCUAUUUAAUUUUACACACUACUCAUUAAGAACCGUUAUUGAGAGAUCACUUUGUGUCUUGAAGAAGCGUUUCCCCAUUUUAAAGAUGAUGCAACCAUAUAGUUUCAAGACCCAAAUUUUGAUUGUGAUUGCUUGUUCUACCAUACACAACUUUAUUCGAAAGCAAACUACAUCAGAUUGGCUUUUUGAAAAAGCAGAAAGGGGAGAAUUAGAUGAUGAAUGUGAAGUUGACUAUAGUGACAGUGGCAGUGACAGUGACAGUGACAAUGACGAAGCCAUGGACAUUGAAGAUGUAAAAGAUGAUACCCAACAACAAUGGGAAAUUUAUCGAAAACAAAUUGCAGAGCAAAUUGAGGAAGCAUACAAGGAUGGAGGGUGAACUAUGUGUGUAUUGUGUAUUUUAUUUUCAUAAAACUGUUAGGUAUGUCUUUAUUAAAGACUAUUAUCGAUGGAUUAGCAUUUUAUCAUUUCUGAUUAUUUUUCAUACAA